AUGUCUGAAGGCGAGAUUGAGGUCGAGAGCCCCCAGGGCUACCCCGUCCUUCCCAAGGACGUCACCGAGGAGAUUGGCAGCAUCAAGCUGUUCAACAAGUGGAGCUACGAGGAUGUCGAGAUCAGGGACAUCUCCUUGACCGACUACAUCCAGAUCCGUACUCCCGUCUACCUCUCCCACUCGGCCGGCCGCUAUGCCGUCAAGCGCUUCAGGAAGGCGCAGUGCCCCAUCAUUGAGCGUCUCACCAACUCGCUCAUGAUGAACGGCCGCAACAACGGCAAGAAGCUCAUGGCCGUCCGCAUCGUUGCCCACGCCUUCGAGAUCAUCCACAUCAUGACCGACCAGAACCCCAUCCAGGUCGCCGUCGAUGCCAUCGUCAACUGCGGUCCCCGCGAAGACUCCACCCGUAUCGGUUCGGCCGGUACCGUCCGUCGCCAGGCCGUCGAUGUCUCGCCCCUGCGCCGCGUCAACCAGGCCAUCGCCCUCCUCACCAUCGGUGCCCGCGAGGCCGCUUUCCGCAACGUCAAGAGCAUUGCCGAGUGCCUUGCUGAGGAGCUGAUCAACGCCGCCAAGGGCAGCUCCAACUCGUACGCCAUCAAGAAGAAGGACGAGCUUGAGCGCGUUGCCAAGUCCAACCGGUAA